UCUUCUUUGACGAGCCUUUGGAGAGAGGAUGUUGCGAUUGCGAGGGGUGUUGGUGGUGCCAUUGUGAGGUCCGUCGUAGCUUUUUCUUGUGAAGCUUGAAAACGUCAAGAGAUGUUGUGAGGAUGUUUCGAUAGAGGUUCGCGGGGCGUUGAUAUUGAGGCAUACUUUGCUAGCUGUAUCAGGUUAGGCUUCCUGCAUUAAAGAUCGACCUCCUUCGAGCCUUGUCAGCCUUGUGGAUCUCAUUGGCAUCACAACAUGAAAGUCAUUCCCGUUAGUUGCGUGUGAGCAACUUGCUCAAUGAGUUUCUGAAAUCAGAUAAGCUAAUCACCAGCUUCUCCAUUUCCCUCUUUGCAGACAAAAGAGCGCAGUGACUAGACACGCGUCUCGACCGCGCUUGAACAAUCGCACCUCUGGCGUGUUGACAUUCAGCUUCUGGAACACUGCUCAAGCCCACCACGAAUCCAGCCCCAAGCCACACAAAUUGGGAGGCGCCAGGCUCCGCGAUGGAGUCCGCUCCGGGUUAUGAGAACGGACGCAUAAUAGAACCUCGUUGGGGAGAAGAUACAGAUUACAUCUUCUACGUCGACCCGCUUCCAAAGCUCUCGAUUGUAGAACAUGAGUCUAAUGCUAGAGUCCUCGCUAAAAUGCUGAGGCAGAAGCUCAUCCAUAGAAUCAGUGAGUGGCAUUUCACUCGAACUUGAACAUCAUCACGUGGGUAACUCAUCCCUCGAUGGUACUAACCUACCGUAGAACUUUUAAGUGGAAAGGAGCCAAGGUUUCGGAGUACUGGUGGCCAUUACCUCGACCCUUUGAAAUCAGACCCAGCAGAACCUUACUUCUACGAGUGGCGUUUUACGCCUGAGUACCCAGGAUUCCCAUUACGUCCCCUUGGAGAUUGGUUGCUGUCUCAGGUGAAGGAUUGCAAUAUGGCCCUGGAAAAUGGAGACCUAUACUUAGUUGACGUCAGAAAUCCUGGGCCGAGACCGCCUCCAAAUAGAAAGCUGGUCGCAGCUGCAGGAACUCCGGAUUCUGUUGAGUCGUCAACUGGUAGGCAGAAUCAGAGACGGCUGGUCAGCAUUGCGGAGAAUGCAUUCGCUCGUUACAUCACGAUGCAGACGGGAUACACAUCUUUCGACAACAAACUUGUUCUCACGGGAGAUGGUACAACUGGUCUACCUGGCUGGAGAUGGGUCUUUCCUGAAACCGGUGUUCUUACCGAAUUUCCUGGCCAGACUAACUUUUGGAGCUGGACAACUGACGAGAUUCUACAUGCUCUCCAAGCUCUGUUGGUGAAGACAUUGAGGCUGGAGCGCUACUCUACAGAGCAAACGUGGGACAGUAAAAUUCGUGCUUUUACACAGGCCCCAUCAGACAAUAGCUACCCAAGUACUGAAGCAAAAGCGACAAAUACCUAUGCCCAACCGAUCAACAUUGAUAUUGACGAGUCAGGGACAGCAGAAAAUCAGCUCGUUGCCGAACUGAACGCAGCCACUGAUCGCCAACUUAAUUCAGCGCCCGUUCAACACGUACUUCCCGUGCAACACGCACCUCCCGUUCAACACGCACCUCCUGUUCAACACGCACCUCCCGUUCAACACACAAUUCCCGUUCAACACGCACCGGCUGUCCUUCAUGCAUCUUCUGAUGUUCACCACUUAGAUGACCUGAUCGCACAAUUCACUACCCGAUCACAGCAGUGGAGGAAUGAUUGGAGCGAACUUCAGGGCUCCAGGCAGGAAAUCCAAGACUUACGUGCUACCACCUCCCAGCAGGCCUCCCGGAUUGGGGUUCUAGAAAAAGCUCUCCGUGAAAUCGAACGGCUUGGAUCAGUGAAUGACGGUACUGUCGACGUGACCAAAUCCCUGAGUCCGGCUGUCAACCUGCCAGGCGCUAUUGCAAUGAAAGCUUCUUACAGUAGAGAGAUUGCUGAGCUCAAGGAACAAAACGAAGAGCUCCAGGAUAUCAUCAAGAACCAGGAGAUUGAUGUCCAGAACGCAGUCUAUCUACAGGAGCGUAAUCGAGUACUGGAGCAGCGACUUGCAGAGAAAACUGCGGAAGCUGCGUCAGCAUACGAUGCACUUGCUACACUUACGGGGAGUAGCUCAUCGAAAUCUUUUGAAAUUUCGGCAUACGGUCAAUUUAAUGGCCAACAACAUAUCUCGGCAUCCAUCGCGCUGGAGUCCGAUUUAUCAAAGCCUCUAAACUGGGUGGCAUCCAACGAAGUCAAAUGUGACCGUUGCAGACACCAGGAUCAAAAGUGUCUCAAUCCUGGCGGCCCAUGUAAUCGAUGUCAGAAAGCCGGCAGCACUUGCACCUUCACUCUGCAGAGAUACCACAACGUCAGAGAGGUCCCUGAUGCUGUGGUCAAAGCACGCCAAGCUACCGACGCAGCUUCACAAUUCUUGCAAAAGAAGCAAGAAUAUUCGUCACCUUAUAUUAACACAACACAACAACCAUAUCAUCAAAAUCAACUCAUUCCACAAGGACUCUAUUCCUCACAAACUCCUCUGCAAUCACCGUAUGCCUCUGGGACCUGCGUGCCAAGCACUGCAUUGCAGGCUACGAAUGGAGGUAUUGGGCGCGUAAGUGAAAUCAUGCUCACUUCGACGAGCAAUAACCCUGCCAUGGGGAAUUCAUAUUCGAGUCCUUAUUCGUCCAGGUGA